GCCUUAUGUCGCAGACCUAUGGUAGAAAACGAUUUCACCUUUCUUCACGCAUUCUAAGCUUGGCUUCGCGCAAUUCUUUCCCUGGACAGCCACCCUCCGUUGCGGGGAGCUCUCUGCGAGGAGGGUCAUAUUCACGAGGUGAACUGCUAUGGCACCGUCCCGCCAGAGAAACCAGAGAUGCGCGUAACUUGGUUGCCGUAAACGUUUCACAUCCGCGUCUUGUCUCACGGCCCUGACUUCUUUUCGUUUGCAAAUUCCUGCAUUCAUGAGCGAUCUUCUACGCCUGUUCUCGCGCCACACAUUCCCUCUCGUGUGGACCCUUGUUAGCUUCUCAAUUGUGAUGCUUUUACUACCGCUUUUGGCGGCCGUGGUACAAGCGAAAUCCCCCCUCCUGCCCCAGCACAAGCUCCUUCCACUGGAGGCUGUACGGGUGAUUGUUCUUGCUGUAAUCACUUCCCCAUGUUUCAUGUCAUUAUGAAUGCGGUUGGCUACGAGUCUGCGAGUUCACAUUGAACUGGAGGUCCUCAAGACAAGAUCCUACCUGUCAAACACAAAGAAUCGCAAAGCCCUGGUUCUACACAGAGCAGGACGGGGGGGUCGGGGUACAAGUGAUUGCUGAACGCCAAGAGCCUUCCUCUCUGCGAAUUUUGGGUGGUCGGGCUUUGAUAGAACCGCAGAACGUCGUGACUGAAUCGGACAACAAUCCGUCGUGCUUCCGCACUUCUUUUCGAGAGUCCUGCUUAGUAGUCGUCGAACCGUUCACCAACGUCGUAGCCGCAAUCUCGGCACGGUGAGACGCUUCGUGCCUCCGUUGCAGUCCGUUUUCUGAACCCUUUGGACUUGGGAAUGAACUUUCUCUUGCGCAACCUCCCUUGAUCUCUAGAAUGUGAGUUGCUCAAACCUUGACAUGAACGAAUCCGCCGUGUACACUUUUUCUCCGUCAAAUGUGUACUAUAGCGGCUCUGGUCCGCUAGUCUGAUACUGAUGUGACGUGAGGUAGAUAAAAGCAUCCCUUACGACUUCUUCCUGGGAAUGCUAUUUUACUUGCGGCACUUGUGAAUCGCCACUUUUGCGUUUACUCUUCCCGGCGACGCUGAUUCUGUCUUUUCACCAAUCUGACGAAAUGUUUCCUUUCCCAACGAUCGGGGCCUUGCCUCAGACAGGCAAUGCUCCGUUCAUGCAGAGUGCCUCCACCGGCUGGCUUCAGUCUGGUGUGACUCCCACUUCGACAGAUCCCUGUGGCACGCAAGCCCUCAACAUAGGCACAAGCUGCCAAGGCCUGACGAACCUGCCUUUGCACCCUAACCUCCAAUCUCGGUUCGUGGCUGGCAAAGCUCAAGGAACUCCAGGAGUGGCACCUACUCUCGACACUGUUUCUUCGCACCACUCGGGCCACUCUGCUGUGGGUGCAGGGACCCGGAGGCCGUCUCAGAUUGUCCCGCCAGCGAUGCCUCUGAGUGCUGGUACCUGGAAUAACGCUACACAGCAGCGCCCCCUGACGCAGAACUUUUCUCCAACGUACCUGGUGCAGACCCAUGUUAGCCAGCCUGGGGGUAACCACGGACAACAUGCAUUUGCGAAGAUGAACCGGGAAGGCUUGCAACAAGCGUCGGCUUUCCAAACUCCACACGCCUUUCAUGGCCAUCCCCCGCCGAAACUCCCCAGCCCGACAUGCAGGCAAGAGACAUGUCCUCUUGGGAUUCAGGAAAUAUCGCGAGAACGGACACCCCAGCCCGUGGUUUACUACGUGCAGCCUCAACAGAUGGCUGCAGCGUCACUGCCUCAGGAGCCACUGCAAAGACCUCGAGACCCGACAGAGGUCGAACGGUCGUGUACGCAACAUGCGGGGAAUCCAAUUCGGCACUCCAAAGACCAUCAAACAGAAUAUCGGCAGGGUCGGUCGCUGUCUCAAAUUGCCACAAUAUCCGAUUUGAACCGUUGCGCACGACUUCGGUUUCCAUCUCCCGCUUCUCAGCACGGUCGACUCACGCCUUCUGAUACCUACCCAACAGGACAUCUUGAUGGACAGCUACGGGGGGUCGCUACUGGGGCUCACACGGUCUCCGGUCUCGGGGGACAGCCUGUUCACCCCAGCAAUCACGCAGCUUUGAGGCAGAGCGUUCCUCAUGCGACAGCAUCUGCGGAGCAGGUAUCACCUUUCACCCUGCAGCAUAAUAUGAACCUGGGUAAAAGCCUACAGUCUGGAGAGUGCUCUGCUUCACGGUUUUGUGCAUCAACUUCUGAUGGCGUUGCAUUCGCAUUGUAUGGGGUGCAGAAGGCCCUGCUUCAGCCAGAGAGCAGGCCGGGUUUCAGCGGGAACACGGAGUACCGGAAUCCUGGGGGAAACAUCGCCGACAAUGUGCGACCUAGCAUGUACGAAUCGCGCCCUGGGCAGGCCGGUCUGCAUCCCACCAACAAUUCCUUCUUCCCCGGACAAGGCACUCCAGCAUCUUCGUACAUGCCCCAGCAAAUGCACCUUUACAACCAACAAAAUCACCGAAUAUCCCAGGUUGUACCUCCCAAGCGAACGAUGUUGGUUCAGUCACAUAAACUACAGGGGCAGGCACCACUGGUCAACGGUCACAGUGCACUGUCUUCCAGUUACCCCGACAAAGUGACCCACACGCGCCUCGUGCAUUCCCCGGGAUACCAAGAACCGUAUGCAGCUCAUUUUGUUUCCAGCACCGAUUCCAAGGAGGGGGACGGUUCGACUCUCGCCCACACCCGAGUUCCACAGUCUCCUUCCUCAGUAGUCUCUUGGCAGACCUGGCAACUGGUGCCGCAGCAAGAUGUCCGGAGCUGGCCUCAGGCGCAGGUGGAAGUUGCAGGUGACGCAUUCGCUAAACACGUCGAGGGGACGGAGCAAGGCAAAUCCACCGAAAAAGAGCAUGUUUCCGGCCACGACCCGGCACAAACGCUGAAGCUUACUUCUGAACUGACAGAAGAACAAGAAGAGUCGAAACAGACCGCGGGACCGUACCAAACCGACUACGGGGAGUCACCACAACAAGGGGAAGAGAAUUUGCCACAGGGUCAAAGUGGCUCUUGCCCAGGUGUAGAGGGAUGGACGUGCGUUGGCUGCUCGAGUAGGCCUGUGGAGGUCGACGUCCACAAGGUUCUUCCACUGGAAGAUCAGAUCGCAGGGAACACGGAAAGUGAGACAGAGGAUGCAGAGGAGUACGAAGACGAGGGCUAUCCUCUUGUUUCUCUGACUUCACCUGACGCACCGUGCAUCGACAAUACACGCGGCAGUGCCACUGUGCUCCACGCUGAAUCCACUUCACCCUCAAACGCGGCUGAGUCCCGUCAAUUUCACUCUGAAGAAACAGAAGCCCUCUCUCCUGACCACCUGGGACAGAAACAAUCGUGUCAGUGGGAGCCGGACGGUAUGUCUGAGAGUGAAGGCAUCUCACAAGGAGAUGAGGAAGAUAGAGAUCUGACGACUCAAGAGGAGGUUCGAAUGCCUUGGGCGGAUGAUCCAUGCAUUGAUGUCCAGAUUCCGAGUCCGGGCGAAGCGGAUACUUGCCAGUCUUCCUCAGCUGCUUCGCUCUCAGCUUCCGUGCCUGAGGCCACAUCAUCCCAGCCUCCGUGUCCGUCUGAUGGAACUGCUGCUGCUACCACGAAGAAAAUAUCGGCAAACCGAGGAAGUGGACGAGGCCAGGGGCGUCUCUCCGGUCGUGUCAAGGAUUCAGAAGAGUACUCCGAACGGAGUCACGAAGAGGAGUCCGGGCGAAAGAGAAGUGAAAAAGCAUCUCGAGCGACGUUGGCGUGUGCGCUUCCGUGGAAGCAAGUCGUUUUGAACACAAAAAUGUGCAGAGCAGAAAGACCGCUGAUCAACACCAUUGGCCAUCGACUCGGCUGGGUGCGGCAAGACCAGGUCUCUUCCAAAGGGAACAUUGUGUGGCUGGGUGGUUCGGUACCGGACCACGAGCAUCUGCAGUUCAUGAAGCCCAUGCAACUGGUGAACCGUUUCCCUGGCAUGUGGGAUAUGACGAAGAAGAGGAUGCUGUCUCGAAUCCUGUCCUUGUAUCAGCAACUCUACCCUGAUCUUUUUGAUUUCUCUCCCGACACUUGGUCCCUGCCCGAGGACCGCGAUGCUAUAAAGCGAAUUCUCCAUAAUAAAAACCAGGCGGUGUUUAUCCUCAAACCGGAUGGGGGAGCAAUGGGAAACGGUGUUCAGCUCGUCUCCCGAUACAAGGACAUCGACGCGAUGGUUUUAAGAGGAGACGGCAAUUACAUCAUGCAGAGAUAUAUUCACAACCCUUACUUGAUGAACAAGAGGAAGUUCGACUUCCGUAUCUAUUGUAUGGUUAUCUCCGUCAACGGAACGCCCAAGGUCUAUAUUUCCAAGCUGGGCAUGGCCCGCUUCUGUACAGAGAAAUAUCGAGCUCCGACACGGCGGAACAUUGACAAUCCAUUCAUGCACUUGACGAAUUAUUCCAUCAACAAAGACAACACUUCUUCCUUUGUCCGGUCGACAGACCUCCACGACGACAGCAACAGCAAGAGAAUGCUAAAGGAUGUCCUCGAAGAUCUGUCAAAAGAAGGAGUGAACAUUACGAGUGUAUGGGAUCAGAUCAAAUCCAUCACUGCCCGGACGGUCGUGUGCCUGUAUCCCUGGCUGAACCUGCGGUACCGUCAUGUUUACAAAGGGAAAGACAAUGAACCUUCGCGAUGUUUCCAACUCCUCGGCUUAGACAUUCUUCUAGACAACAAUGAAAAAUGCUGGCUGCUGGAAGUUAACUCCAACCCGAGUCUUCGAAUCGACUACUUCGAUAGCAAGUACGAAGGCAUCGACGUCCAGCUGGAGAGCGCGAUGGAUCGCCAUAUCAAGGAACCGGUGGUGUCUGAGGGUCUUGGCCUGGCGUACCGCCUUCUUCUUCAGAACCGUCGCCGAUGUGUCUCUGAGAAAGAGAAAUCUUCCGGCGCCUCUACGACUCUCUCUCGCUCUUCUCGCGCGCCUCUCGGAGCUUCUGGUUCGGGAAGCUCCUUAGCUGGCCGCGGGCUGUCGAAAUCGACGAAAGGUCUCUCGAACUCCAGACCUUCCUCUGUCCCGACAACGGUGAGAUGUGACGAUUCUCACUGCUCUACAGGUUCUGGGCAGAAUGUUGCCUCCCAGUUUUGGAACGCCUCUAAAUCUGCCACAGAUGCUUCCGUCGAUAGGCGCGCCGCUUCAACACGAGGCCGGGAAAAAGCCCCGUCAACGGGGGCCCCCGAUGAAGACGGAGAGGGGACAGGGCGGUUGGAGACAGGCAAAUUGACUUCCAAGAUACCAUGGAAGGCAGAAUGGAGACGGGGAGAAGAUGGGGCGGCGGGGUCAGUCGGCAAGCGCGCGACAUCCGUCUCUGCGUCUAGAAGAUUGGGGAGAAGAAGCGCCUCCACUGCUUCUCUGCGCCGCAACAGAAGCAAAGUGCCUACCGACGCAGUGACCGAACAGCGGGACGUGAGAAAAACAAGGGAAGGAAGCAUAUCGGGAGAGAGUGGAAGGCAGGUGAAGGAGUCAGGAAUGAAGGAAAAGAAAAGGGACCAGAAAUCGCAAGAGGAAGCUACAGACGAUACUCAUGACGCCGUCGAACUUGGCAUGGAACAUGCAGUCGAGAAAGUGCGGGCAUUCCUCGAGCACAUGUCCGACGGCUCGCGUCUGGUUUCUUCGCGAGCCGCACUCCAGUCGCCUGCAAGGAAGUGUCACACGCCGGAAUCGCCAGUUGGAGGAAAGCACGGAGGCGACGGAAGAAGCGACCGCGAAAGCAGGACAACUGCCUCGAGUUCUCAAGAAACCACUUCCUGCAUGACGACCACAAAUACGCGAGCCUCGAGCCGAACAGAUGCCUUUGCGAGGCACACAUCUGAGUUCCGGAGCGAUCACAGAAGUCGUUCAAGGGCGAGCAUUCAAACCUCCAGACUGCGCAGUGAGACCCCGAGGCAUCGAGGCGGAAGAAGGGAAUUUUGUGAGGAGAGCGUGCAGGUAGAGACUCCGACACAAAAGGAGGGUUGCGCGGAAGUGGAGCAGGCCGACCCGACAGGGCAAGCCAAGCAUCAGGCAUCGUAUGCUUACUCUCUGUCUCGCUCGGAAUCUGUGGGAUCUGCGGGUUCGCCGGCGUCUCCCGGAUCCUCCCGUGGCGACGAAUCUUGCCUAAGUCAAAGCGUCUCAUCGUUCCCCAUUCAGUCGUCCCAGCCGAUUACACCCUCGCCACAGACGCCUUCAGACGGCUCGGAGAAACGAGAGGAUCAUCCCUCGGCUUCUGACGGGGAAGCCGUCGAAGUGUCUGUCCUUGCAGGUGCGCCACUCCCUGAGGCCGAACAGCUUGCCUUCGAACUCGACUGGCUGGACGUCGCGUACAAAGAAAUGGAAAAGUGCAUGGAUGGAUUCAAUGUCUUGGGUCUGAGAUUCGCAAAUUCCGCCGCGCGAGAAAAAGGAACCGGUCCAGGCUCUAGCCGCGACAACGCCGGUGAAGAAGGCAAAAAGAAGUUUCCGCCAGGGCCUUACAAACCCUUCCUGAGGAAAGACCGAAUGGCGGCCAAAAAAAUGCAACCUUCCGUCAAAGCGUCCUACACAAAACUCCACAAGGACAUCCUCCGUCCCCUGUCAGGAGAACAUGCGAAGCCACAACACUGCUGGAUCGAUCUUGCAUCCUUCGUGAAUGCCCUGGUUGCGGAGACUGCCAGCAUUCUUCGGUUUCAGUUGCUUUUCGAGCGACUCGUCAACUUCCCUCGCGGCCUCACUCUGCAACGGACAGGCCUUCUCGACGCAUGCCGCAUCGUUAAACUCCCUGAUAUUUUGAGAAAGAUUCAAGUGCCUAUUGGAAACCCGCCUCGUCCGGGAUGCCGCAGAAGCGCACGUUCCUCAUCUGCUUUUUCUUCUCACAUGCACCCCACACUGUCACGAACCUAUACCGAAACGUCUGGCCCGUCCAUUGCGUUUGGCCGCAGCAAUAGUCGGGCGCAUUUGCAGGGGAGAGAAUCCGCCACUCAAGGCGGCUCUUUGCUCAUGUCUUCCGUCUCCACGAAGUCUCUGCUCGUCUCAGGGACAGGCGGGGCGCCCCAACCGUCUCUGGGGCUGCAGAGACCGCGUCUCGCGGCAGGAGAACAGAUGCCUUUUGGCUCGCUCGCGAACGCAAGCAGCGUAGUCCCGAGAAUGCCGAGCGUUGCACUUCUCCCCGUCGAGAGACGGAGACGCCUGGGUCUUCCAGACGUCGAGGCGCUCUGGUACUACCACCUUCAGUCUGUUAGAAAGCAGUUCCAGUUGAACGAUUCCUCGCACGGCUUAGGACUCUUGGAGACGUGGUACGUGUUCGAAUCCCUCGCGCUCAUUUGCUUUCCGUUUCUGCCAUCGAAAGCGAAGCUGCUGGAGGCUUUCCUGAACCCGACUGCAAUCAAGACCCACACGCAUGCGCUUUCCACCUCCGUGCUGGGGGGCUUUGAAAAGGCCGAAGCGCUCGCAGCCGAGAAGCGAGCGGAGCUCUCCUUGCGGUCCCAGCUCGCGUUUGCCAAAGACCUCGAGGAGGCGCUACGGAAGGUGGAAGAAGAGGAAAGGCGGGCGCUUUCGAUUUCGAAGCAAGGCGACUCGAAGAGAAGACCGUCGAAAACGCCCAAAGAACUACCCCUUUCUCAGGCUUUCCUCGAGCGACACUACGCCUCAGAAGACGAACGGGGGUACGAGCACCGAUAUUCGUCAAGGAGCACUACGACAGAGACCGUUGCUGAAGUACCUGUGGGACAGGUGACAGGAGAAGCUCCUGAUUGUCGACUGGAUUCGGAGGCUAAAAUGCCGCAGGCCCCUGCGCAGUUGAUUCAAGGCAGCCACAUGCCUGCUGCCUCAGAUCACCGAGAUGGUCGGCUUACCUCAAGGGAAGAGGCUUCGAGGUCCGGUGCCCAAAAACAGAGUAGCCGCGUCAUCAGCUGCGGAAGACGCCUGACUUCCUUGCCCCCUCGUCUGCAGCGCAAGCUGCUCUCGGGAGAAGAUCUCGAUGAACAAGGUCUUGAGUCUCUCGCCUGCCCUUUCGAGAAUGGGAAGAAAUCGAAGGACGGCUCUGGGCUGAUGGAGAGAAACGGCAGCUCUCGCGCGCCACAAACGGCCGAGGCACCUGCCUGGUACGAAGGCCUCUGCGCUGCGUGGCCUCACAUAGGUGACUACGUCUGCCGGCACAUCUCCGCCGAGGAAAGACGAGAGGCCAUGGAAAGACUUGUGGAUUACUUUCAACUACGGUGGGACUAUCAUAACUACUGCGUCGUGCUUCAAGAAGGCAGCGUCUAGACGCCGGACUAUACGUACUGUCCGCGAUGGAGGGGGGAAGCACAGGGGGGAGUAAGGCGUCCGAAUGCUUCGUAUUGUUUGGGGUGACGCGCACAUGAUGUGGGGAAGAAACAGUAUUAUGGUGUUUCGUAUUUGCCGUCCUUACCCCGUUGCCCUAAAGUCUCGUGAGACCUCCGCACCAGGCCUCUCCGGUGUGCAUCUGUGCGAAGGAAGUGUUGUUUUUUUACAGAAGGUGAAAAGAGAUGUGUCUGUUGUCCCGAAAGAGCUGGGACCGAAUGGGAGGGAGACCGCAAGGAAGGAAAGGCAAUGCCAGGAGCAUUGCGAGUGGAGAGAAGUGGAGAAAGGUGAUCAAUGCAUCCCGUCGAGAUCUACGGUGUAGGGUUUGGCGCGGCUGUGUCAUCGCCCAUGUUGUUAGGCACGUGUGACUCUUGUUGAUACAGUUGUUUUCCGUUCGUUGUUUACGCCCUGUUGUGACUCUAGUAGAAUGUGUCCGUCGUUUUUUCCCUGUUCCUUAUUUUCAACGAACCGAAAAAAUUGUGGCUCAUUCCCUUCCUCUCCGAUGGCCUCGGGCACAGUUAACUGCUCUCGCUUCACGCGCAAAAACAUACAUGCUUCAAGGAUGCCAGUUACGCGACGUCUCCGCACUCGUGUCCUUGCCACGUUAUCGCUUACGGGCACUCACGACCCCCUCUUUCCCGCGUCCAGGAUUAAAGGUUCGCGUGUCACUGAAAACGAAGACCACCGACACCCCGUUAUAUUGCAUAACAAAUGGAAGGUGGGAACCCAAACGUGUCUCCAUGAAUUGGAACCCGGCUGGAAACCCUGUACUUCCACCGAGACCGUUCACCUACCGGCGCUCACGCGAUACUCCGCAUUUAUUGCUGCUACGGCGGAUGUGUUUUUCACAGCGAAACGACCUGAAACGUCGGCUUUUCCGAAUUCCUCUCGACAAUUCGCCAGCGCAUCUAGUCAAUAGACAGGUAAUCUGCAGCAUCAUCACCAGGGACAAUGAGCUUGACAAAGAACGGAGUAGAAAGACGAGACGCAGUGAAAGAGGAGAGGCACGCUCAGCCUACAGUAUGGAUAGCGCAGAGAGAGAGAGCGUAAGCAUACGCCUUAUACGAGAGAACAGUUCGAUCUUCUCUGCGUAGUAGCGGGAGACACAAAUCUUUCAGAAACCCGACAUGGCUUCGCCGCUCGACGGGAACGCACGUGAGGUACCACAUUUCAAGUGGCAGACAGGAGUGGCUGCUGACUAGUGCCCGCUGAAAGAGGCCCGCCGGGCGAAGCUGAGGUGGCGAGUACACAUGAGGAACGGAACAGGCUGCUUGCCCAAAACGUAAAAAUGACGCAAAUGCAGGAAAAAGCAAAACUGACGCAGAAGAAUUGGCUUUUCUUGUGACUGCAAGGGACAAUGAAAAAAUGGAGGUAUAAAGGAACAAGUGUAAUGAUAGACGAAUGGCGCUACAUUUCCGCCGCACCCGCAGAAGGUAAGAGAGAAGAAAG